UAGGUAUCACGGCACACAAUGUCAUUCAGAACCACUAUUGAUUGCUCUCGCGAGCCGCAUCUAAUCCCAAAAUAGAAAAAGAAAGCCAUGGAUGCACUUCAGCGCCAAGUUUUAUUACCUUCUUCACUAACCUCACUACACCUCUCCUCUCAAAACCCAAAUUAUUCCAAGCCUCAUCUUUUUAUCUCCUCUAAGCCUGCAAGACCUUCUUUUCCUCUCUUUGUUGCACAUUCAACCCCCAUUCCUCGCUUUUCACCCUCCAUUUUCCUCCCUUUCCUUGAACAAGACCAAGAACCCAAAUCACAGAUUCAAGAACAACAGCGGCCAGAGCAAGAAAAUAACGAUAGUGACCUUACACUUACAGACCCAAUUCUUAAAUUCUUCAAGUCACGCACUUCGACAACACAAGACCCACCUCAUGAAGGCAAAUUCUCACUCCAAAGAAACCGCCGCACUCAAUGGCGUCUCGCACCUGACGUCGAAUCCGAUAUUGGACCUGAUGAUGAAAUUGAUGAUAUUCUUAAAAAUAAACUACUGGGUUCUUCAAAUUCUGAUUCAAGUAAAGGUAUUGUGAGGGAAAUUUUGAAUCUUGCAAGGGAAUUACCUGAGAAUACCAUAUUAGGAGAGCAAUUGGGUCAUUAUAAAGGGAAGAUUAGUGUAGAAGAGUGUGUGGAGGUAUUGGAAUUGAUGGGCGAAGAGGGUAUGGUGACUUCUUGUUUAUAUUUUUUUGAGUGGAUGCGCUUACAUGAGCCUUCUCUUGUUACUUCUCGUUCUUGUACUGUUCUUUUUCCGAUAUUGGGAAAGGCUGGAAAGGGUGAUGAAUUAAUGGUUUUGUUUAUGAAUUUGCCUCAGAAUAAGGAGUUUAGAGAUGUUCAUGUUUAUAAUGCUUCUCUUUCUGGCCUUCUUUAUUGUCAGAGGUACGAUGAUGCUUGUAAGGUGUAUGAGGCCAUGGAAGCACAAAAUGUCUCUCCAGACCAUGUGACGUGUUCUAUAAUGAUUACAAUGAUGAGGAAAAAUGGCCGUAGUGCAAAAGAGGCUUGGGAGUUCUUUGAGAAAAUGAAUAGGAAGGGAGUCAAAUGGAGUCCAGAAAUUCUUGGUGCUCUUGUAAAGUCAUUCUGUGAUGAGGGGCUGAAGAAUGAAGCCCUAAUUAUCCAAGUAGAAAUGGCAAAGAAAGGGGCCUUUUCAAAUGCUAUUGUGUAUAAUACAUUGAUGGAUGCUUAUAAUAAAUCCAACCAAAUUGAAGAAGUUGAAGGUAUCUUUGCUGAGAUGAAAGCAAAAGGACUUAAGCCUACAUCUGCUACCUUUAACAUUCUCAUGGACGCAUACAGCAGAAGAAUGCAGCCUGAGAUAGUUGAGGAAUUGCUGCUAGAAAUGCAGGAUGCUGGUUUACAGCCUGAUGCCAAAUCGUAUACUUGCCUAAUAAGUGCAUACGGGAGGCAGAACAAAAUGACUGACAUGGCUGCAAAUGCAUUCUUGAGAAUGAAGAAAGUUGGUAUAAAGCCUACAUCGCAUUCUUAUACAGCUCUCAUCCAUGCUUAUUCAGUCAGCGGUUGGCACGAGAAAGCUUAUAGUACAUUUGAGAAUAUGCAAACUGAAGGAAUCAAACCCUCAAUAGAGACCUAUACGGCUCUGCUGGAUGCAUUUAGGCGCUCUGGUGACACCCAAACACUAAUGAGAAUUUGGAAAAUGAUGAUGAGCGAAAAAGUUGAAGGGACAAGGGUGACGUUCAACAUUCUUCUCGAUGGGUUUGCUAAACAAGGUCACUAUGUGGAAGCGAGGGAUGUGAUAUCUGAAUUUGGAAAGUUAGGCUUGCAUCCUACAGUAAUGACAUAUAAUAUGUUGAUGAAUGCAUAUGCAAGGGGAGGGCAACACUCAAAGUUGCCGCAACUAUUGAAAGAAAUGGCAACUCUCAAUCUAAAACCUGAUUCUAUUACUUACUUGACAAUGAUCUAUGCAUAUAUUCGCGUUCGUGAUUUCAGGAGGGCAUUCUUCUAUCACAAGACUAUGGUGAAAAGUGGGCAAGUGCCUGAUGCCAAGUCUUAUGAAAAGCUUAGGGCAAUAUUGGAGGCAAAGUCUAAAAUAAAGAACAGGAAAGACAGGAGUGCCAUACUUGGUAUAAUUAAUAGUAAAAUGGGCAUGUUGAAAGCUAAGAAGAAAGGGAAGAAAGACGAAUUCUGGAAGAACAAGAAAAGACAUCCUAGAAUGUAUAACGUUGCACGGGAGUCCAGAUAGGUAGUGAUUAUGCCUUUCUUAGGAGGAGGAAAACACGGCUAACCUACAUGGGGGUUUCUGCCAAAAUGAUGCGUCUUUUAAUCAUCAUGUCACAACUGGUAGUCCUGAUGCAUCUGCUAUAUGUAGGUGCGUGGUCUAGGCUGCUAAAACCUAACGGCAUUUACGUUCUUAUGUUGCUCACCAGUUCGUUUUAUAAUUUUACGAAACACGAGAAUAUUUGGCUAGGGUGGAUAUUUGUGAAUCUGCAGUGGAUGAUGCUAUAGAUAACUCUCUGUGUCCUUCAAUGUGUACAGAGCUUGUAAGAAAUUGUUGUAAUAUUAAAACAGAUCUUAUCUUAUGAACAUCUAAUCUUGUUGCCUUGGCUUUACUUGCCAUGGUGACUGACAUUGCUAGACAA